UGUCAUUUUUAAGCUUUUUCUUUAUCAUCUGUAUCCUUUCAUUCGUUUUUAUUUUUGUUUACAAAAUUGUAGGGGAUGGUAUUAGGUAUGAAGCCCAAAAUGACUAAGGGCAUACGAGACGAACAGAUGAUAAAUUCGUGUUGGUGCCUUUGUGCUUCGUAGUAAAUCGUAAAUAUAACCCGCAUAAACAUGCCCGAUAGCUGAAGGUAAAUAAAUGAAUGAAUAAUCGCGUAUGAUGAGUCAUUCGCCCGCUUGCACAUUGUUGAACAACCGUUGGAGGCAGACCGUAAGAUAAAUGCAACACCAUCAGUUAUUCCUAUACUUUGCGUAGGCAUAUUUACAUUACAACGGCUUUUUCAUUGUAUUUUCUAUUCGCGUAGAACAAUACCACUUAUCUGUGAUAGAUUUUAUCUAUACGCAAUGUUAGUAUAUAGAUUAAGUGCGAAAAAGUGAGUUUAAUAUGCAAUUGAAAAAGCAGCCUUUUGUUUAUUGAGAAUGGAUAACGCUUUGCCUGCCCCUAAAAAACCCGUUCCCACACCUAGAAGAAGUGUGCAAACAUCACCAGUGAUUCCUAAGCCUGUGGAGCCAGUUACUGUUCAAGAUGAAUCUUCCAACACAAAUACAAACACCCUUACGAAAAGGGUAAGCACAGCCUCAAAGCAAUUAGCUGAGGACAUUGGCAAUCUAGUGAGUGAUAGAAAAAGAGCUGUUAUAGAAGGUACAAGGCAGAGUGUCCGGAAGCUUACUAGGAAGUUCAGCUCAGCUUCUAGGGAAGAUAAUAAUAACUUGGCUGAAUCACCCCCCAAAAAUGAUGAAGAUACCAUCAAUAUCUUCAGUACUAUCAGAUUCAACUCCCCUAUGAAAAAUGGAGAGAGUUUGUACUCUAACGUUGACGGAGAAGAAACAGAGACAGACUACUCUUCUGGGAGUGAUAUUGUAGGCCUUCCCCCUCCAAAUCACCCACCCCCUCCCCCACCUGAUGAGUCAUAUUAUGAUGCUCCUCUUUCAUCUGCAUCUGCAAGCUCUACCCUUUCUACAAAAGAAUCAUCUCCAGAAAAAUCAAAACCAGAGCCAUAUGAAAGCAUUUUUCCUCUAAUGUUGAAAAAGGAUUCAGGUAGCUCCAGUGAUCAGAAUGAAAGCUUAUCUAGAUCAGGUUCCUGGAAAUUUUAUGAUACUGUUACAAAAAGUAGCAAUGAAGAAGUAAAUAUAUACAACAUAGAAGAAAAAGCUGAAGAGGAAGAGGAAAGCAUUUAUGCCAAUAGUAGUGUUGAACAAAACUCGUGUAGUACAGAUUCUGGUAGUUCAAAAGGCGGCCUGAGAAGAAGCUACUAUGAAAAUCAUGAUAUAGUUGUUCCAAAAAUGCCAGCACCUAGACCAUCAAAAAGUGUCAUUAUGCAGUUUGAUCCACUACAAAAACCACAAGAUUCGUCCUUGCCUCCAAAUGACAGCCACAUUAAAAUGUUAGAAGAGAUGUUACAAGGUGACUUAUAUGGUACUAUUUCUGAUGUCAGAAUAUUGGAAGAAUGGAGCCUUUCUGACUCUCAGUCAGAAUCAGAUGCGGAAUUCAUUAGCCCUCCGACACCCCCAUUAAGGUCAGAUUCACUACCAGAAGAAAAUGCAGAAGACUGCGAAGCUGUCGCGCCCAGAGAACCAACCACUCCUGAGGCAAAAUCCAGAACCAACUGGUUCACAGUAGAGACUGAGUCCAAACAGACUGCUGCGACCGAAAAUAAGAAGCAGAGCUGGUUAAAGCGACAUAUCUCGUUCAAAUUCCAGGUGAAGGACGUGCUGGACAAGGCGCCUGAGGUGGUGAAGAGCCUGCGCAGCAAAGACAGCAGCAUAGUAGAGCGACCUGCAAUAGGGGGCAAACACCUGGUACAAAAGAAGGGUAUGUUGUAUAAGGUGCAAAGUGGACCAGUGGAAGACCUCUUCGGAGAAUACAGUGGGAGAUGGUGUAUUAUUGAACAUGCGAAGUUCCUUUGUUAUUCAGACAAUACUUGCCAACACCUCAGAGAACACUUUACUGCCCAGAAUAUACUCAGCAUACAGUUGUUACAGGAUAAGAAGUACAACUACAGGUACGACAAUGAUGAUCUUUAUUGUUUUGAGCUGAAUGUGACGGGGAAAAGUCGAGGUGGACAUGUGUAUGGUUCAAGGAAUAUCAGUGAGAGAAGAGUGUGGAUGCAGUUAUUAGUCGAAUCACUCACCAAUAGAUUUGCCACCAAAAUCACGACUAAUUUCACUAGAAUGGGAUGGGCAUAUGUCAGAGAAGGAGUAAGUAGUAAAUGGGUAGGGGCAUGGGUAAUUCUAAGUGAAAGAGAAGUAUAUUAUGCAAUUGAUAAUCAGCAAGUGAAGGUGAUUGAUUUGAGAAAGGCCAGGUGUAUUAUAUUGCAACCUUAUCAGGAGACUGAUAACAACCCAAAGACUAACGAUAAAGGUCCGAAUAUGCUUAUCGACUGUCCUGAUUUGGUGCUGUAUUUGAGAAUGUGGACCUCCAGGGAAACAAAGGUGUGGUGUCACAUCAUAAAACUGGAAGCUCACAAUAAUGGAGCUAACUUAGAGCAACAACAGCUUACGAAAAACGAUGUUCCUGUGAUUGUAGAAAAAUGUGUCAACUUCAUAUAUGCGCAUGGGAGUAUGACUGAGGGCAUAUACAGGCGGCCUGGAACUGGGUCUGUAAUAUCAGAGUUAUUAGCGAAAUUUAGAAAAGAUGCGUUUGCAGUGCAGUUGACCAACGAUCAAUACACAGAACAUGAAGUUGCAACUGCACUAAAAAGAUUCUUCAGGGACCUACCAGAACCGCUGCUGGGCAGCAAUCAAAGACAAUACUUCUAUGAAGUAUCUAAGCAUAAUAAUAGAGAAGAACGGAUAAGGAUGUACAGGGCAGCACUGGAUAUGUUACAUAAAGUGUCUUAUAAUACAGCAAGAAAAGUAUUUGGCCACCUGCACUUCAUUAGUACACAGAGUGAGAGAAAUAAAAUGACCAUCGAGAACUUAGCUGCUAUUUGGGGCCCCACUUUGUUACAUUACGAGGAUAAGGAUCCCAUUCCAAAUGUGAACCACAGUCAUCAGUUAGAUACGGAGGUAGUUUCACAAAUAAUAAGCCUCUACAGGUACAUUUUCCCUGAAGAUCCCGGUGAGAUUGAAAAGGAAAGGAUGAUGUUGCAAGUGUUAGAGUCGCACUCAAUUUCUAUGCAAGGAAAAGUGGCGAAGAAAACAGCUGGAGACUUGAGGAUAUGGAUAUUCUUGCAUAAUAAGGAUGGAAAGUCAUUCAAUGUUUCUAUUGAGCCCACAAAAACCGCUUAUGAGGUCUGCAAAGAACUUUGCUGCCAUUUGAAGUUAGGUGUCCAUGAAACUAUAUUAGAAGAGGUGAUUUUAAACGAUAAAUUGAUAAGGCCAAUACACCAUGAAGAAAAGGUACUUGAUGUAGUUUUAAAAUGGAGUUACUGGGAGGAACAGGACAGAAAAGACAACUAUUUGACAAUAGCUCCACUAUCUAAGUAUUGGGAAUACAUCUCCGAUAGUUCCAGACUAUUUAGCCCUGUAUCUGGUGAACUAAAGUUUGCUGACAAUAGGUCGAGAUUAUUCAGACAAUAUACAUUCCAGUUUUCUCAAGGAAAAAUCACCUGUUUCAAGGAUAAAUCGGGUGAACAGAUUUUACACCAAUGGAACAUCGAGGACAUAAUCUACUACCUGGGUCAUGAGGCAAAACGAAGUCCCCCAUCCAGAUGGACAAUGACAUUUAUCGAAGCAAAGACCCAUCCAAUGCGUAGUAAAAGCACGUCCUAUUUCGGUCACGUUUUAGUUUGGAAUGAUGCAGCCGCAAGAGCCAAUUGGCUCAGUUCAAUGUUGAGGGCCAGGUACCCGAAUAACUUAGCACCACCACCAAAUCUGUUGCCUAUUUAAAGCCUUAUUCUUGCCUUAGAAGGUUAUCAAAAGUUGAUAGUUACUGUGCUUAGUGUCUAGUAUACACUAUACAAUGCAACAUAUAGUUAUGGUUAAAGCUCGUUGAGAAUGCCAUUUUAUAGGGUAUUUAAAAAUAGUUAUUUUAAAGUUCGAAUAAUCUUCAUACACUGGCUGUCUUGCUAGCCGUCUUCAAGCAGCCCAAAUGUUAGUAAAGUAAGAUAUGUCUUACAACAUAAUGAAGAAAUUUAGAAUCCUCAAAAUGUAUUAUAAAAAUAUAUAUUUAGUGACAAUGGUGAUGGCACGUUAUGGUUUAGUAAAUUUUAUCGUAAUUAUUUCUAUCCAAAUACUCAUGGCACAGCUUCAGUAACAGUAACAUGUGAAACUCAUCCUGUGGUUUUCAUGUCGAUAAACCUGCAUGUUUGUCUGGCCAAUCAAAUCAAAAUUUUUUGACAUAUAUAUAGAGAGAGAGAGAGAGAAAAUUAUCAUGCCGAGAAAGGUAUAUAACAAAAAUAGGAAAAUAAUGGACACAAUCCGCAAAAAGUGGAUUCGAGCAGAAAAUAGGAUAGGUAACCCGAGCGAUACGUAUUUCUGCUGGUUGGCUUCAUCAGGCCCGAAAUAUACCUUUCUCCGCAUGAUAAUUUUCUCUUUGUAGAUCCUUUGGGCUUGAAGUACCACAGCAAGUGGCUAUAACCGGCCGCGUGGUUGUGGUUAUUUGUCGCCUUGAAAAUUCGAGGUCUUCUAGCCAUUUUAUACUACAAUGUGUAGGUUCGCUCUUGUUGUGGACUUCGUGUGACUUUUUUUCCUCUCCAUCUUUGUUUCCUCAGGUUACACCCGUAUCCGGAUGUAUGGGUAUGUGUCUCUACUUUUGUAGUUGCAUAUGUGCAUUCAUUUCGGGCCUGAUGAAGCCAACCAGCAGAAAUACGUAUCGCUCGGGUUACCUAUCCUAUUUUCUGCUCGAAUCCACUUUUUGCGGAUUGUGUCCAUUAUUUUCCUAUUUUUGUUAUAUACCUUUCUACGCAUGAUAAUUUUCUCUUUGUAGAUCCUUUGGGCUUGAAGUACCACAGCAAGUGGAUAUAACCGGCCGCGUGGUUGUGGUUAUUUGUCGCCUUGAAAAUUCGGGUUCUUCUAGCCAUUUUAUACUACAAUGUGUAGAUUCGCUUUUGUUGUGGACUUCGUGUGACUUUUUUUCCUCUCCAUCUUUGUUUCCUCAGGUUACACCCGUAUCCGGAUGUAUGGUUAUGUGUCUCUACUUUUGUAGUUGCAUAUGUGCAUUCAUUUCGGGCCUGAUGAAGCCAACCAGCAGAAAUACGUAUCGCUCGGGUUACCUAUCCUAUUUUCUGCUCGAAUCCACUUUUUGCGGAUUGUGUCCAUUAUUUUCCUAUUUUUGUUAUAUAUAUAUAUAUAUAUAUAUUAUAUACAGUGUGUUACCACAAUAAACUUAAAUGUCCGUAACAUGCUGAAAUUGCCCGAAGCUAUGAUUACAAAUUUUAAGAUGGCACCACGCAAAACGAGCGCAGCCCAGUGCCGCCUGUGGUGGGCAUAUGCACUCCCAAAAAGACGUCCAGCCCCCCAAAAAGAGAAGCGAGUGUGAGGUUAUCUGACGUUUUUCAAUGUACGUCACGCUUGUCAGAACUGGUGUCGAAACACACCGGUUAAUUGCUAUGUAAUCUUCGACUAAAAUGUUGCAAAUUCAUAGUUCAUGAAGAAAUUGGAGGACAUUUGGAAGCCAUCUUAAAAUUUGGAAUGAUAGUUUCGCGCAAUCUCAGCAUCUUACGGACCUUUCAGAGUAUCAUAGCAACACUGUAUAGGAAUGUGACAAAAAACGACGUGCCACCUGGAAGACAAAUAAAAUUUACUGUAAAAAAGGGUCAAUUUUAUAAUGAAAAAGGUCACUACCAUAAAAGAUUUUAAAUAUGUACAUGAAGUUUUAUUGGCCACACAAACAUGAGGAAUUAGCUUCAGUAGACGUAUACAAAAGUGUGCAUUUAGUAACAUACAAACACUCUAAGGAAACUAUGGAAAUCAUACUUAUAAUAUUACACGUCAUGUGAUAUAUUUGUCGCAUCUAGAAUCUUUACGAUUAAAUCUUAAACGUCAAAGAAUAUAAAAAUCUAUGAUUUGAAAAUCACCAUUCAACAGUUUUGACAAUAAUCGAUCGUGACUUUCUUGUAAUUUAUUUUGAAUAAAAUAGUUACAUGUGCCAAUCUCCCCAAAGGACUACAUCAGAAUUUUAGAAAAUAUUGAAUUUAUUAUAUUUUAAACAAAAUAAUAUGUUUUAUAUUUUAAACAAAAUAAUAUGUUGUUUGAAGAUUUAGGUAUAUUCAAAUAUUAGAGGGGCACGUUGUAUAUUUUGAGAUGCGCAGUAACUAUGCUAGUUAAAACCGGCAACAGUGCACUAUUAGAAAGAGUAGUCCUUCAUUAGAAAGUCGCCGCAUUCAGUUCAUUUGCAAGCAUUUUACAGUGCACGUGGUGUAAGCAAAUUUAAGACGAAACAUGGAGUUGUCUCGAGAGAGUUAUCGCACUAUGAUUUACUAUGACCUUAAAUUCGGUUUAACUGAACAUCAAUGGAUCGAACGGUUACAACAGGCAUUUGGUAAUGAAGCUUCGUUCCGGGCAAGUGUGUUUCGCUGGUAUGCCGAAUUUAAAAGAGAGCGUAUUUCAUUGGCUGUUGAUAACGUAGUGGUAGGCCAUGUUCUAGAGUGACUCCCGAAAACAUGGCUAAAGUUUUCGCUGCACAUAUGCGACUAUAGAGGCAGGCAACUCUUGGGGUAGGAUCCGCAACAGUGCACACCAUUUUGCAUGAUCAUCUUCAUUUAAAAAAAGUUGUUGCGAGAUGGGUAUCACAUCAGCUUACUAAUGUCGCCAGCGUCACAUCAAACAUCCGCCAGAUUUGGCAAUGUGUGACUUCUGGCACUUCGCAAUUUGAAAAAAAAAUCUGCGUGGUCGAAAAUUUUCGACCGACGAGGAAAUCGAUCAAGCUUUUAAUCAGUUUGUUGAAGGCAUUCCAACAACUGAUUAUUUAGAAGCAUUUUAUUUAAGGUCAGGCUACAACAGUGCAUUGAACCUGGAGGAGAAUACUUUGAACAUAAAUAAACUAGUUUUCGAAAAAUAGUUUUUAGUUUUCGUGUAUCUCAAAAUAUAACAUAUAGCGUGGCCCUCGUAUUUCAGGUACUGAUAUGUGCAUUAAUUUCUUAUGGAUAAAACAGUAUUUUUAGGUAAUCAUUUUGUAUACAAUGUGAUUGUUAUUCUUAUGACAUCUUUAUAUUAUAUACCCGAAAAUGUAAACCAUUUUUUACUUUAUGAACUAGUUCUGUAGGAUUUUAAGUACAAAAAAGUGCAAAGUAAAGAC